AUGCUCUUCUCACUCGUUCUCGCUCCCCUUCUUGCACUCCCCGCGCUCGCCGCACCCAACCCAGACCUGAUGGACCUGUGGCCAACCCGCUUGCUCCCGACCGGCACGGAGCCAACGACGAUGACCUACGCCUUCAACUUCCCCUUCCCGACAACUGUCACCAAGGUUUGGAACGCCCCCGCGGCGACCGGUACGGGAACCGCCUCGGGAACGGCCAUGGCAGCCAACGCGGGGACGGGAGGUAGCGGGCUUCCGUUCAACCCUCUCGACCCGAAUGCCAUGACUGCCGCGCUAGCUGCUGCAAUGCAGCAACAGGCAGACGCGCUACUCGAACAAGUCAAGAAACAAACCAUCACGAUCGUGUGUGCGAUCCUGUUCAGCACGCUCGGUGGUAUCGCCCUGCUUGGCGGGCUCAUCUGGUGUCUCUGCCGCCGCCGCAAGAACAAGAAGGCGCGAAUGGUGCCGGUUGGCCGGACGCAUGUUCGCCUUGACUCGGAGAGCGACAUUGUUGUCUCCGAGAAAGAGCGCCACGUCGCCGUGUAG